UUUUUCCUAUGGAUGUCUAGACAAAUAUGAUCCUAGAGGUCAGAAUUUCUAAAUGCAGCAUGCUAAUGGUGUUGGCAGCUUCCGAAAUUUAUUCAGAUUCAUGGUGUUGCAAGCAUUUGUAGGUGAAAAGCUAAGCUGUUCUAGUUAACCACUUCCAAGCAUUUGUAGGUGGCAAGCUAAGUUUUUUCAGUUAACCACUUCCAAGUAUUGUAAGGUGGCAAGCUAAUCUGUUUUAGUUAACCACUUCCUAGCUCCUAGGAGUCAAGAUCAACUGAACGGAUUAUUUUGUUUGUUUUUUUUUUUUUUUUUUUUUUUUUUUUUUUUUCCUUGAAUGGAGCUCGGUGGUUCACUCGAUUCUUUGACUAAACAUAACCGUAGUAGAAAUCAGUUUGACAUGGUCUAGCGACUAUAGCUAGAUUAUCUAGAUUUUGAAUUUUAGAGUCUAAUUUAAUUAAAUGUCUAUUUUUUUAUAGGCACGCAUUUUGUGUAUGUUCAUGUGUACGUAUAUUCAUGUGUUCGAGACAUUGUUGGGCACUCUCUAAAUUUUUAGGAACAGACAGAUUUAGAUUAAAAAAAUGAUAAAAAUGAAUGACUUAGAUUUAUCUCGUGAUUUUCAAAAAAUAUCACAUUAUACUUUUAUAUGUGGAUAACUACCCUUUUUGUUGGAGGAUUUAGUUUUUUGGAAUGAAAUUUCAAAUUCCAAAACCAAAUUUCAGUUCGGACACCCAUACCUGCAGUGUCAAUUGGCGCCAAUAACUUAAACCAACAUAACCGUCAAACCCUGUCCAGCAGCGACCAAAGAAGACUCCUUCAACCUUGUGGACCGCCAAAAAACCCAGAGCUAUAAAACUGGAGCCCCUCCCAUUCCAUACCAAUAGGAUAUCAACUCUCUUCUCAAGCGUUUUGCAGGUCUGAAUCAAUAACCAUCAUCACCACCACCACCACCGCCGCCGCCGCCGGCGUCGCCACAACCACCAACCAUGGCGGUGGGGGAUGGACCUCUGAGCAUUGCCACUCUUACUGUCAUCUGCAUGGUCCUUGGUUCAUCAGCUACGGUUACUUACGGCCGAGGAGAUGGACACCAUCUUCACGUCCAAUACUAUAAAAACACUUGUCCCCAGGCUGAGAAUAUCAUCAGGGAGGCCGUCAUGGAAGCCGUCACUCUAGAUCCUGGUGUUGCCGCUGCCCUUGUUCGCCUUCAAUUCCAUGAUUGUUUCGUCAAUGGGUGCGAUGCUUCAAUCCUGCUGGAAGAAACCCCAUCAAGGGAGCCCGUAGAGGUGACGUCACCAUCGAAUGUCGGCGUACGGGGAUUUGAAGUCAUCGACGAGGCAAAGACACGCCUAGAGAAGGAAUGUCCCGGCACCGUCUCCUGCGCCGAUAUUGUGGCAUUCGCCGCCCGCGACGCCUCUGUAGCCUCCGGCAUCCGCCACUACCUAAUCCCAGCCGGCCGCCGUGACGGACUUGCCUCUCGAGCCAUCGACACUAAAGGGAACCUUCCCAAACCCUCCAGCAAUGUCAGCGUAAUGGCUAACAUCUUCACCAAGAAAGGUCUGAACUUGCAUGAUUUGGUGACAUUGUUGGGCUCACAUUCCUUCGGAGUCUCCCAUUGCUCAUCCUUCGAUUACAGGCUCUACAAUUUCAGCCAAAUGGAAGCCAUGGACCCUCAACUCGAUAUGCUCUUCGCUUUCACUCUGAAACUGGCCUGCCCAAAGGUGGAUAAGAGAGAUUUCAAGGUUCACUUCGAUUACAUCACCCCGAACAGACUCGAUAACUUCUACUACUUGAGGAUCUUGUAUGGGAAAGGCCUCCUGUACUCGGAUCAAGUACUGCUGGAAGACCCCCAGGCUCGUGAGAUAGUGGCGAGGAUGGCCUUCGAUCCUGAUUAUUGGAACAUGGAGUUUGGGAAGGCCAUGAUUCGGUUGGGGAGGACUGAUGUGCUCACUGGAACACAAGGGGAGAUCAGGAGGCAGUGUCGCUUCGUUAACCAAUGAUUAAGAAUAAAACCUCUCUCUCUCUCUCUCUCAAUUAGCUUUUAUAGUUAUCUCAAACAAUUUGUAUUUUUAUUUUUUUCCCCUCUUAUAACAGUCAAAUAAUUUGUAAGUUUAUUUUAUUUUUGGUCGUUUUAGUAUAACAUUUUUUUAGUGAGUUUAAAGAGUUUGUAACAUCAAGCAUGAAUAAAAAUUAACAUGAAUGA